UAGAGCCAUUGAAGAUGUCUCUGAAGCAAGAUAAAUAGUUAUGUGGUAAGCUGUAUAGCCUACUGGUUAGCUUAGAGCUACAUUGAGCACAUAUCUACCUACAAACCACUUUGUGCUUAGCAAAAGCGUAUUGCAGGCUAUCAACGUUUUUAGUUUAACGUGCCAAAGGUCUUAAACCCCCUCAAAGUUCAAACAUGCAGAAGAGUAUAAUCGUUGGAAUAGGAGGCACCACAAAUGGAGGGAAGUCCACCUUGGCUCAGAGUCUUCAACAAAGAAUCCCCAACAGCUGCAUUAUUGCACAGGACACUUUCUUCAAGGAUGACUCCAUGGUGCCUGCGGACAGUCAUGGGUUCAAACAGUAUGAUACACUCGACGCCAUCAACAUGGACCUGAUGAUGAGGGAGGUGGAGUUGUGGAGGACAGAUCCAGGUGUGUAUCUCACGUCUAGGGGCGCUGGCCCACCGCCAGAGACGCCAGACCAGGAGAAGGUCUACGUUCUCAUCGUGGAAGGGUUCCUCAUCUUCAACCACAGGCUGCUGAACGAAUUAAUGGACAUGAGAUACUUCCUAGAGAUCCCCUUUGAGGUUUGCAGAGAGAGGAGAUGCUCACGGGUGUACAAUCCCCCUGACCCCCCGGGGUACUUUGACGGACAUGUUUGGCCGAUGUAUUUGAAAAACAAGCAAGAGAUGGAAGAUACAGUGUCAGGAAUAGUCUUAUUGGACGGAUUGAAGUUAAAGGAAGAUUUGUUAGCAUCUGUGUGUGAGGCCAUAAGUCAUGAAAUACAGAUCCUCGUGGGGAAACACUGAGCUUGUUAGGAUUUGUGGGGGAUUUUUCUGCCAAGAACUGUUGUGAUUUGAUGGAGGACAAAUAUGAACUAGCUGGAUAAGGAGAUGAAAAUGAAUUUUACGUAGUAAACAUUACAUUUACUGCAGGCACCACAGACUAACAAUGCAAAUCUUCUCUUUUAAGAUACUACUUUAGGUAUUUGAUAUUACCUCAACAAUCUUCAACAGUUUCUGUGACCAUUGGUACAGGCUGUUAAAAAAAUGUGUGUCAGGAGUUCAAAGUCUAUAGCAGAUUUCUCCUGUUGUCUAUCGUCGCUGCAAUAACUCUGACUGUAAUGCUGCUAUUUUACCCAAAACAUUCAAACUUGCAUAUUAAUAUUCCUCAUUAAGUAUUCAAAUACAUGGUCAAUAUCUGUGUGAUAAUUGUUUUCUUGUGAUAAUUUGAGAUAAAAAAUAAUCAUAAUAUGUUUGCAUUCAUAAGCAUUGAACAGUGGACAUGAACAGUUUUUUUCAAGAUUAGAUUCAAUAAACUUGGAAAACAACACUGCAACAUGCAACAACUGCAAUAAUGCAACACUGAAAUGAAAAUGGAGACAUGUCACGGUCAGACUGUAUUGAUGUAAAAAUUGGCAUCAGGCACACAUGGGAAUUCUGAUUCAGAAAACAUCUGUAACAUCUGCUGGACGUAGCACUUCUAUUCCCCAAAUUGUAAACAAUGUUUUAGAUUUUAAAA